UGGCGUAUAAAUAGUACAACGGGCCGUUCGGGUAGACACAGUUAAAGUUCGACACUCGUCAAAGAUACAGUUCGUGCAGAAUUCCCUCGUGAGACAGGUGACAAUCAGGUCCAACGACAAGAAUCCCAACCAUGUUCAAGCUAGUUGCCGUGUUAAGCUGCCUGGUGGCGAUCAGUCUGGCCAUGCCGGCUGCGGAGCUCUCGCAACCGAUUGCAGCCUCGGAAGUCGCCCAGAACGGUCCAGCGGUGUUGGUCGUUCAGGAGGACAGUGAUGAUCUGGCCGGUGCCGAGACGGCUCACCACGGAUAUGGAGGCUAUGGUGGAUACGGAGGCUAUGGCGGUGGCUUCGGAGGCGGCUAUCCGUACGGUGGUUAUGGUGGCGGAUUCGGUGGAGGUUAUGGUGGCGGCUUCGGAGGAUUCGGAGGAGGCUACGGACACGGCGGAUUCGGUGGAUACGGUGGCCAUGGACACCAUCACCAUCACGGAUAAGAACCCGACGCAAGAUCACGCCAACUCGAUUCAACCCAUCUGUUCUACCUCACUGUGAUCAACAUCCAACCAAGUCCAUUGGAGCUCAUGCAUUUAUCCGACAGCGUCCGACGAGGACGUCGCCAUGACCAUCGAUCGCCCGAAAUGUUAUUUAUUACAACUGGAUACCAUCUUGUAUUGCGAAUAAACGUUCACCAGUUUUAAGCAUAAAAA